CAGCUCCCAAGGGGCUACGAAGCUGGAGCACUGGGGAGGAGGAAGAACUGAGCCAGACUUUGGCAAGACCCCCUCCCCCCACCAGGAAGCAUGAACAGGAAAGACAGCAAGAGGAAGUCCCACCAGGAAUGCCCAGCAAAGACAGGGGGGCGGGGCCGGCCCCGACAGGCCCGGCGCCACAAGACAUGCCCCAGCCCCCGGGAAAUCAGCAAGGUCAUGGCUUCCAUGGCUCUGGGCAUGCUGAAUGAGGGCGGCUGCAGCGAAGAUGAGCUGCUGGAGAAAUGUAUUCAGUCCUUCGACUCAGCUGGCAGCCUGCGCCGUGGGGACCACGUUCUCAACAUGGUGCUGGCCACACACAGCUGGGUGCUGCCUUCCACCCACCUCGCUGCCCGCCUGCUGACCUUGUACCAGGAAGCCACAGGGGACACACAGGAGCUGAGGCGGCUGCAGAUCUGCCACCUGGUCAGGUACUGGCUGACCCAACACCCGGAGACAGUGCAUCAAGAGCCUCAGCUAGAAGAGGUUAUCGGGCGCUUCUGGGCCACUGUGGAGCAGGAGGGCAACUCUGCCCAGAGGAGCCUGGGAGACUCCUCCACCCUCCUGAGCCCCGGGGGCCCUGGCCCCCCGCCCCCUCUGAGCAGCCCAGGCCUCGGCAAAAAGCGCAAAGUGUCCUUGCUCUUCGACCACCUGGAGACGGAGGAGCUGGCUCAGCAUCUCACUUACCUGGAGUUUCGCUCCUUCCAGGCUAUCACGCCCCAGGAUCUGCGGGGCUACGUUUUGCAGGGCUCCGUGCGGGGCUGCCCGGCCCUGGAGGGAUCCGUAGGCCUCAGCAACAGCGUGUCCCGCUGGGUGCAGGUCAUGGUGCUGAGCCGUCCCGGGCCGGCACAGCGCGCGCAGGUGCUGGACAAGUUCAUCCACGUGGCACAGAGGCUCCACCAGCUACAGAAUUUCAACACACUGAUGGCGGUCACGGGGGGCCUGUGUCACAGUGCCAUCUCCAGACUCAAGGACUCCCAUGCUCAUCUGAGCCCUGACAGCACCAAGGCCCUGCUAGAACUGUCUGAGCUCCUCGCUGCCCACAACAACUACGCCCGUUACCGCCGCACCUGGGCUGACUGCACGGGCUUCCGGCUGCCGGUACUGGGAGUGCACCUCAAAGACCUGGUGUCCCUGCAUGAGGCACAGCCCGACAGGUUGCCAGACGGCCGCCUGCACCUCCCCAAACUCAACAACCUCUACCUGCGGCUGCAGGAGCUGGCAGCCCUCCAGAGGCAGCACCCGCCCUGCAGUGCCAAUGAGGACCUGCUGCAUCUGCUCACGCUUUCCCUGGAUCUCUUCUACACGGAGGACGAGAUCUAUGAGCUUUCUUACGCCCGGGAGCCCCGCUGCCCCAAGAGUCUGCCACCCUCCCCCUUCAAAGCGCCCCUGGUGGUGGAGUGGGCCCCUGGUGUGACACCCAAGCCUGACAGGGUCACCCUGGGUCAGCACGUGGAGCAGCUGGUGGAGUCUGUGUUCAAGAAUUAUGACCCUGAAGGCCGAGGAACCAUCUCUCAGGAGGACUUUGAGCGAUUCUCAGGCAACUUCCCCUUCGCCUGCCAUGGGCUUCACCCACCGCCCCGCCCGGGGAAUGGCUCCUUCACCCGAGAAGAGCUGACGGCGUACCUGCUCCGGGCCAGCGCCAUCUGCUCCAAGCUGGGCCUGGCCUUCCUGCACACCUUCCAUGAAGUCACCUUCCGCAAGCCCACCUUCUGUGACAGCUGCAGUGGCUUCCUCUGGGGCGUCACCAAGCAAGGCUACCGCUGUCGGGACUGUGGGCUGUGUUGCCACAAACACUGCAGAGACCGUGUGAAGGUGGAGUGUAAGAAAAGGCCAGGGGCCAAGGGCGAUGUGAGCCCCCCUGGAGCCCCUGGCCCACCCACACCAGCUGCCCACGCCAGCUGUGGCACAGAGGACAAUCUCUCCUACACACUAUCCCUGGAGCCGGAGACGGGGCACAAUCUUCGCCAUGCUUGGACUCAGACAGAGCCCCCGCACCCUUCCUGGGAACCACAGACGGUGCCCCUCGAACGACGGCCCUGCCCACCCAGCCCUCCACGCUGAAUUCCUAGACCCUGCUUGGGUCUGACCUCUCUCACCUCCCCCCCAGUCAGUCCCAAGUCCUAUUCUUCGGCCUCCAGCAGGACCCCCAAAGGCGUCACCACCUUCGCAUCCACACUGCCUUCAGCGAAGAGUUUGUCAUUUCUUACUCCGAAAGCUUCUUCUUUUGCAUCAGAGUGCCUACAACCUGUAUUCCGUUUUCCUGCACUUAGCAUCUGUGUGGUUUCAUGGUGGAUAUGUGUAGACCUAAGUAUCAUCUCACCGAGUCCUUACAUCUCCAUUUUACAGAUGAGGAAACUGAGGCCCAGGGAGGUUAAGCUGCUCUCUAAGGUGGCAGAGCUCCUAAGUGUUGGAGGCAGGACUCAAACCCUGGUCUUCUGUCUGCCUCUAAAACGGAAGCUCCUUACCAAUAUGCUACACUGACAGCAUGGGUCAGGAUGGGAGGGGAUAGGCUGGGCAGAGUUCCUAACUCUGGGGCUCCAGAGACAGGAGAGAAGGCUGGAGUAGAGAUGGAACAGGGAGCCUGUGAACACCUGAGUCCCUCCUCUGCUCAGAGCCCUUCCACGCCUCGGUCUCACUCGGGGAAAGCCAGAGUCCUCACUGUGGCCCACCUCCCACAAUCUAUUUGUCACCUCUCUGACCUUACCUACCACCACCCACCCCCUUACUCAUCCUGCUUCAGCUACACUGAACCCUAUGGUCCCUGAACGUGCCAAAAAUACUCCUACCUCAGGGCCUUUGCACUGGCAGUUCCCUCUGCCUGGAGUGCUCUUCCAGAGGCCUCCAUGGCUCCCUCUUUGGGACUUAGCUCAAAUGUCACCUUCUCAGUGAGGCCCCUCUGACCAUACUCGAAGUUGCAAUCCACCCCCAGUCCUGCUACUGUUUUCCUGCUUUGUUUUUUCCCCAAAGUCCUUUACCCAUCUGACCAACAAUACUUUUUUACCUAUUUAUCUUGUUGAAUGUCUGCUCCUCGUCACCAGAAAUGUCAGCUCCAGGACAGCAGGGGUUUUUAUAAUCUAUACUUUUCGCUACUGUAUUCCUGGUGCCUAGGACGGGGCUGGCACAUGGUGGGCACCUGAGAACUGUUCGUCCAAUGCCGGCAUGUCUCCUUCCCUAUGCCCACAGGAAGGGAAAGAUGUGUUGCUAAAGAGCAAAGGACUAUGAGGGUCAGAGCAACAGGGGCCUGUUGAAACCCAGUGGACAUAGACACCCCUACCCCUUCUCAAACCUGAGCACCCCUGGCCUGACCCCACAGAGACAGGUCCUACAGCUGUCAUAAAUUAAAUUUAUUUUCUAGA